AUGUGCGUGGCGGAUGAUCCAAUUCGAAGCCGGCCUGCAGCAACCUGUACCGCCCGUGCAGCCAACCAUAAUCUGUGUAUCAUCUCUAAUCUGCUUGUCGUCACCUCCUCACGUUGUCCGUCUCCUCCCCUGCUCUGCCCCUUCCUCUCCUUAUUUGGCCCUUCCUCUCCUUAUCUGCCCCUUCCUCUCCUUCUCUGCCCCUUCCUCUCUUUCUCUGCCCCUUCCUCUCCUUCUCUGCCCCUUCCUCUCCUUCUCUGCCCCUUCCUCUCCUUAUCUGCCCCUUCCUCUCCUUCUCUGCCCCUUCCUCUCCUUCUAUGCUCCUUCCUCUCCUUCUCUGCCCGUUCCUCUCCUUCUCUGCCCCUUCAUCUCCUUCUAUGCUCCUUCCUCUCCUUCUCUGCCCCUUCCUCUCCUUCUCUGUCCCUUCCCCUCCUUCUCUGCCCCUUCCUCUCCUUCUCUGCCCCUUCCUAUCCUUCUCUGUCCCUUCCCCUCCUUCUCUGCACCUUCCUCUCCUUCUCUGCCCCUUCCUCUCCUGCUCUGGCCCUUCCUCUCCUGCUCUGCCCUGUCCUCUUGUUAUCUGUCCCUUCCCCACCUUCUCUGCCCCAUCCUCUCCUUAUCCCCCCCCUACUCUUCUCCUCUGUCCCGUCCUCUCCUUCUCCUCCCCCUGUUCUUCUCCCCUGUCCUUUUCUCUCCUUCCCUACCCCUUCCCCUCAUUCUCUGCCCCUUCCGCUCCUUCUCUGCCCCCUCCACUCCUUCUCCUCCCCCUCCUCUUCUCCUCUGUCCCCUCCGUCCAUACUCGCACACUUCACUCCUUUUUGUUCCUCUUGGUUCCAAAUAUGUUUCCUCAACGCACCCAUCAUGUAG